AUAGAUUUGUUGCAGUCCUCUCGGCAAAAAUAAACCCCGGAGAGACGUCAGUGGAAAGAAAGUGUUAGGACUGAAACAAUAUGAGGCUGAGAAGUGGCCAUCGCUUCUUAAGUUUUAUCCUUGCAUGUUUUAUUAUUUGCUUUGUUUCCAGUGUCAGUGGAGACUACUGUGAGGUGAACUUGUGCCAUAAUGGCGGGACAUGUGUGACUGGCGUAGGAGAGGAAACUUUUGUCUGUAUCUGUGCUGAAGGAUUUGCAGGAGACACCUGUACUGCCAAAGAGAAUGGUCCAUGUAUCCCUAACCCUUGUAAAAACGAUGGCGAGUGCGAGGUGAUUGCUAAUUCCAGACGGGGAGACGUAUUUAAUGGCUAUGUUUGCAAAUGCCAACCUGGCUUUGAGGGCGUCAACUGCCAAAUAAAUGUAAAUGACUGUGAUAACCAGCCAUGUAAGAAUGGAGGCGUUUGUCGUGACCUGGACGGAGACUACACGUGCCAGUGCCCUUCUCCCUAUGUAGGGAAGCAAUGCCAUCUAAGCUGUAUCUCUUUGUUAGGAAUGGAGGAAGGGGGAAUUGUCCAGUCACAGAUCUCUGCCUCCUCGGUGGACUUUGGCAUUUUGGGAUUGCAGCGAUGGGGACCUGAACUCGCCCGACUCAACAACCAGGGUUUUGUUAAUGCUUGGAGUUCAGACCCCCAUGACAGGAACCCUUGGCUUGAGAUCAAUCUACAAAAUAAGAUGCGUCUCACUGGCAUCAUUACACAGGGAGCCAGUCGCAUGGGCACAGCUGAGUUCAUCAAGUCCUUCAAGUUGGCAUACAGUUUUGAUGGUAAAAUGCCCAUUAUGUACAGAGCUGCUGGCCAGAGGAAAGACAAGGUGUUUAUUGGGAACACCGAUAAUGAUAGCACCAAGACGAACCUAUUCGAGCCCCCAAUUGUGGCUCAGUACAUUCGCAUCAUCCCUGUGGUGUGCCGCAAAGCAUGCACUCUACGCCUGGAGCUUGUUGGCUGUGAACUAAACAUCUACUCCAAUGCUGUAGGCUGCUCUGAGUCUCUGGGUAUGAAGUCUCGUCUUAUCUCAGACAACCAGCUGUCGGCGUCCAGUGCUUUCCGCACCUGGGGCAUAGAUACGUUUACAUGGCUUCCACACUAUGCUCGCCUGGACAAGCUUGGCAAAACCAAUGCCUGGUCCCCAGCCAUCAACAAUCGCACUGAGUGGCUGCAGCUGGACUUGGAGAAGCCUAAAAGAAUCACAGGUAUCAUCACUCAGGGAGCAAAAGACUUUGGCGUUGUGCAGUUUGUGUCUGCUUUUAAGAUUGCAUACAGUGAUGAUGGUCAGUCAUGGAGCAUUGUAAAAGAUGCAACCAACAGAGUAGAUAAGAUUUUCCAAGGCAACAUUGACAACAAUACACACAAAAAGAACUUGUUUGAGCCACCUUUCUUUGCCCGAUUCGUACGUUUCCUGCCUUGGGAGUGGCAUGAACGCAUAACUUUAAGGAUGGAGUUGCUGGGCUGUGAUGCUUAGAAAUCAUGAAAAGGAUCAUGGCAUGUUUUUCUCUGCACCUGACUGUGUAUUUUCAUCUUCAUAGAUAUAAGCAAUCAUGGUGUAUUAGUGGUUUGCCUAAGUAAUAUAGAAUAAAGUGUACUGACUGUUUUGUCUGGAUGAUUUAGAAUUAAAAAAUCUUGAAUUUG